AUCACCACCAUUGCCCACCAUCUACUCAGUACUCACCGGCCGUUGGUCCGCCGUGAUGCCCCAACGUGCCUGGCUAACCAGCUCCGAGUUCCCACUAACGUUGUAGUGCCUCUUGGAUUGUCCACCACCGCGCCGCUCCCACCCUGUUGCCACGAGCCCCCGCCGUGUGCCGCUCUGCCGUAAACACCCCGCCUGUUCGCCGAUUGGCUCCCUGUGAAGGUGCGACUUUCCACGACGCUUGCGCCUUUCCCACCACCUCGACUUGUGUCAUUCUUUGCAUUGCGCCCCUGCCCUCGUCACGCACUCCUGCCGCAUGAGACGCUCCCCUGCGCGUGGAUUUUCAAGGGCGCCGUCAGCCAGCGUCGCUGUUCGGCAUGUCCAAGGAUAGCAGAAGACGCAGCCUCUUCGCCGGCCGCUCUCUGGGAGCUCUGACCGGACUCCAGAACACCAGGGAGGAUGAUGAGCCCUCCAAGCUGUUACGGAAGCGCCGCACUGCUUCCUUCAGGACCACCCUCUCAACCGCUUCGACCCAGCCCGGCGACGACGAAUCCGUCGGCGGCAGUGCCAGUGCCGAUGCCCCCUUCUCCCCCAACACCGCACUGUCACGAGGAAGCCAGAGCCGCCCGAGUUCUGUGUUCGGCUCCCUUCGUGGGCUCCGGCGCGAUGAUGGCCCUGACGAACCGCUGUCGGCGGCUUCAACACGCACCUUCUCAGGCAAUCGAUCCGUCAUGGAUGACAAUCUGCACAACAACCACGUGCUACGCCAUGGCGAAGUCCAGACGAGCAGCUCCAUGUUCAGGAAGAAGAAGGAAUACCUCGUCCUGACCGAAUCGCAUCUGAUGCGCUUCAAAAAUCACCAGAAGGCUGCCGACGCCUUCUCUGCGAUACCCUCGCCUUACUCUCGUUCCUCAACGUAUCGUCAUAGCCAGAACCCUUCUGGCGGAUCGGCUCACGAUAUGCAGUCCAUCGCAUCGGAAACAUCUGGUGAUCGUGCUUUAGGGACACCGCUACGUCAAAUCGUUGCUGUAUAUCAACUGGAUGAUGGUAGGCCGCACUUUGCUUUUGAGGUUUCCUACCUUGACGAGGAUGUGAACCAUGCGUCCUCCAUGACCCUCCAAUUCGGGGAUCCCAACGAAAUGUUGUUGUGGCUCGCCAGUAUCCGGGAAGCCGCCAACCGCGCCAGGCUUGCCGAUCCCGAUCCCCUCUCUGCCUACAAUUCUCAUCUGGCUGCGCGUGUCGUCGAGGCCGAGCGGGACUACGUUCCUCCGCAUUACGCCAUCUACAAAGUUGUCCAGCGCGUCGUCGGCAAAUCCGGUUCCAGAGCCUCUUCAGACGACCUGUCCAAAGUCAUGGCUUCGGUCUCGUUCUUAGCCAUUGGGGUGCAUAAAGUCCACCUGAUAUCCCUCUUCAAGCCCCAGUCCCAACGCACGUCCAGCCCAGCGUUAGGGUCGUACCAUACUCAAGCCUCGUAUGGGAUUUUGACCAUCACCGAAUUGCAUGUCAGCGAAGUUGACGACACCUUCGAGUUAACGUUUCGCCUGCCUUUACAGAAGCCAAAGGUGCUUCACCUGGCCUCCCUUGCAUCACGCGAUAUCGCCAUUCGGCUGCGGUACGUCGAAUCCGGCUUACGACCCGAGUGGGAGUCACGGCCUUAUCACUUCAUUGUACCCGACGAUGUGAAGCAUGAAAUCCUCCGCCAGUCCAGCCCUCAUCCCAUCGACCAGAAUUCUCUUGACCGCACACUAAUAGGCUACUGCGUAGCUUACGAUGUCAAGCCCGAAAGCAUACGGUACCAGAUAACAUAUCCUCCAGAGGAUUACCCUCGCUUCGAGUUGCUACGGCCCAUAGGUCUCCGAAGAAACCACUAUACUGUUUUGGAACUCCUUGCCGUGAUGCGUUCUUUGAGAUACAAUGAAAUGUUCGGCGGCAUCUCGUUCAAAGACGUCCAACUGGACGUGCUAAACGGCCUCCAUGACGAAUAUGGCGCGGAGCAUGUUUGCACGAAGACAAAGCGGGGAACGCCUGUUCGAAUGGACGUGGAGGAGCUCAGUAGAUCUUGUUUACUCGUUCAAGAGAUUCGUGCACUGGCAGUGACCAGUCGGAAAGUUAGACGGUUGGACUUCACGUCGUGCAUCACGAGGAAGCCGCCAUAUAUCCUAGAAUCCGGCCAUAGGGAGCAUGAUGUGGGAUGCGGCAUUGUAGAGGCGCUAUUUCCUCUCUGCAAGUACCAAACCACCAAUGUCGACUGGAUAGCGCUCAACAACAUCCAGUUGGGCGAAACGGAUCUCGAUUAUCUUGUAGCAGCCGCUGUCGAGCGGAGUUGCCACCUGCGUGCGCUGGAACUCCGUGGAUGUGGCUUGACCGACCGCACUUUAUCGCUGAUUCUUGACAGCCUUCGCCCUCAGGAGGCCACAUUAGAGGCACUUGACAUAUCAUCAAAUCCUGUUCGCCUGUCACCAACCACUUUCGAUUCGCAGAUUGGGGUAUUUGGAUACCUGACCAAGCUCCAUCUUUGCAAUCUUUCACGAACAUCCGGCCCCGAGCCUCUGAUUUCACUCGAAACUUUUCAGGCGUGGAAACUGCAAGAGUUGGUGCUGAGUGGGACAUCGCUCAAUCCUGCCAUGGUGGAUGCGAUAGCGAGCUAUCUCGUGAACUACAAGCAGUCCAAGGGGUUACGUGAACUUCGGCUUGACCAUUGUUAUUUAACUGGGCGAGACGUCGCAUAUCUCUUGCACUCCAUGACCGAAACCCCAGGGGUGGCUAGGGAACUGCAUCUUGAUGUCAGCGAGAAUGAUAUUGAGACAGACUUGGACAGUCUCAUCGAUGCCAUUGCGAGUGGUUUGGCGCCUUCCAGCCUGACCAUCCGGUUGAUCGAAUUCCAAGAAGAGGCCGAUUUCCGCAAAAUGAUUCUUGCCCUUACUAGAAACACCACGAUCCGGCACCUGGAUAUCUCCCGCGCUUCGCUUCCUUGUGAUGCUUCCGAGGCGACCUGCCAAGCUCUGGAAAAGAUGUUUGCCGAUAAUUCAACUCUCGAAUGGUUGGAUAUAUCGGGUGAAGACUCUCGGCUCGAAACGACGAAGCUAGGAGUGGGAGUCAACCGAGCUCUGAGGGGACUUCAGAGGAAUCGAACAUUGAGGGUGCUGUACAUCAGGUAUCAAAAACUCGGGCUUGCAGGCGCCAGCACCCUUGCGGAUGUCCUCAAAGUCAAUGAUACCUUGGAAGAGCUACAUUGCGAGAACAACGGUAUCACUCUUGGUGGUUUUACCGAUCUAGUCAAUGCUCUGCAUCGGAACUUCACCUUACUGUACCUGCCGACCAUGGAGGAAAGCCGCCAAAUGGCCCUCAAACAGACGGAGGAUCAAGUCAAGCAAAUGCGGGACGAACAAGCUGCGCACAGCCGAGCGCGCUCGAACUCGAUGCGCAGCAAGCUCGCGAGCAAAGUUGUCGGCAAAGCCCCGAAGGAAAAGCUACAGUCGAGUUUUCUGUCCGAUCAAGAUAUCAAAGCUGCGCUCGGCCUCGUUGACGAAAGCUGGGAGCGGCAGGAAUAUCGGUUACAGCAGUACCUACAAAGGAAUUACAACAUCGCCAAUGGGAUUCCCACGGCGCUGGAUGUGGAUGAUGAGGAGUUUGAGAGGCCGGAUACAGCGACUAGUCUCGCCAAGAUUGUCGAGAAGGUCAAGCUUGAGAGUACCCCAACCGUGGAGAAGAAUCUGCAGCUUGGAGGCGUGGCGGAGAGCCUAGCUGCGAAACAGCUGGAAAAGGAAAUUGAGAUGUCCUUCUCGGAGAAUCGGGAUGCGUGGAGACUGUCGAGACUGUCUCAUAAUGGCUGAUGGAUGCUUUGAUUGAAGCCAGUCCCUUCUAACAGUCCUGCAAUCACGGGAAGUGGUGGAUUUGACUCUAUCUUUGUACGAUGUAUGGAUGUUGGCAUACGCAUCGAGCAAGGCGUAGCAUUGGUUAUCUUCAGCGCUUCUUUGUUUUUUCCGGCGUAUGCUCCGUUUCGCGUCGAGCAUAAGCAGGACUUUGAAGUAUUUGCUUCCUGCGGCGGGCAUGGAUUUCAUUCGGAUUGGGUGGGUUAUCGGGCGCCAUGGAUUGAUGGGUUAUAGACUUGGGAGGGAAUGCUUCGGUGCGGGAAUGGCUAUUCUACUAAACGUUUUUGAUGCGACGUUGUGUUGUAUUUGGUUGGAUCUCAA